AAGCUGUCGCUGGGAGGGCGGCCUUGGAGUCGCUAUUCAUUGCUAGGGUCAGAAGUUGGCCCUGUGUUUGUUCUUUACGAUGAAAGGAAACCGCGGGAGAGCGCUGAGUGGUGGAGAGCUACAUUCAGCCAGUGGGCAUGAAAAUGAAUUUUAGCUGCUAUGUGCAAAACCCCUAGGUGUAUGGACAGAAGGGAGCCAGCCAGAAGGUUACAACAGGUCAGGAAUAAAUAACCACCAGGCGGAGGAUCCCAGAUUCCGUCCUUCUUUUGUUGGGUGAGGAGCGCCAGGCAAACGCAUCCACAAAGGCUUUGGAAAGAAGCGGUUUGACCGUCCACACUCGGCUCUAGCCCCCGGGGUACAGGCAUGGAUGGGAAGAAAUGCAGCAUAUGGAUGUUUUUACCUCUUGUAUUUACUUUGUUUACUUCAGCUGGAUUGUGGAUAGUAUACUUUAUAGCUGUGGAAGAUGACAAAAUUUUCCCAUUAAAUUCAGCUGAAAGGAAACCUGGUGUGAAGCAUGCACCAUAUAUAAGUAUUGCAGGUGAUGAACCUCCUGCAAGCUGUGUGUUUAGUCAAGUUAUGAACAUGGCAGCAUUCCUAGCUCUUGUGGUAGCUGUUCUUCGCUUCAUACAACUGAAACCAAAGGUUUUAAAUCCGUGGCUGAAUAUUAGUGGAUUGGUGGCACUGUGUCUGGCUUCCUUUGGAAUGACCUUACUUGGUAAUUUUCAGCUCACGAAUGAUGAGGAAAUCCAUAAUGUCGGAACCUCCUUGACCUUUGGAUUUGGCACAUUGACCUGCUGGAUCCAGGCUGCAUUGACUCUCAGAGUCAACAUUAAGAAUGAAGGACGGAAAGUUGGAAUUCCACGCGUUAUUCUCUCGGCAUCUAUCACUCUCUGCGUAGUCCUCUACUUCAUCCUCAUGGCCCAAGGCAUCCACAUGUAUGCAGCCCGGGUCCAGUGGGGGCUGGUCAUGUGCUUCCUGUCUUACUUUGGCACCUUUGCUGUGGAGUUCCGGCAUUACCGUUACGAGAUUGUUUGUUCCGAGUACCAGGAGAAUUUCUUAAGCUUCUCAGAAACCCUGUCCGAAGCUUCUGAAUAUCAAACUGACCAGGUGUAACCCAUCAGUUUUUCCUUGCUGGUGAGGUGGGUGUGAAUAGUGGGGGAGGGGCCAGGAGGACACACUCACAGGACUUGACACAUAACCUCAUGACACAUUUUACACACACACACACACACACACACACACACACACACACACACACACACACACAUUCACACACACGUUCAUGGACACAUUUGCCAAAUGAGCUUUUCAGGGUAUUAUUUCUUUAACAAAAAAGCACAAGCCUUUAUGUGUCAAAAUACCCCGUUACACUGAAAAUAUAUGCACGACAGAGCAAGAAGCUUGUGCACGAUCACCUUUUUCCCUGUCUCCCAACACUUCCUGCUCUUCUCAUUCUCUUCACAUAUUUCAGACAUCGUGAUCACCCUACUAUAGGGUAGGGCAGGCCAAAUGUAACAUGGGAAUAAUGUCAAUUCCCGAAGUUGCCUUCAGAUCCAAAGGGCUUGAAACCAGCUCAUGAGGAAGUUCUGAAUCUGGCACUAACACUCUUGAAUGUAUAGAGUCUCAUCUAAUCGGAUGGAAACUGAAUAGAGAUGUGACCCUGUGUAAACUGUGGAAAGGCAUGGGAUCAAGGAUAGAACUUUCCCACAAAAACUCCAUCAUUGUUCAGUGGUUGGCUGUGAGGAUUCAGUGAAAGGAAUACGCUACAAACUGUGAGGGUGAAGCACCCCAUGGUGAUUUGGACUUUACUGUGACUGAGAAGUACUUCUAAAUGUGAAUAUUUGUAGGGACACCGUCUACGAGGCAUGGAACAAGAUGAAGCAGCGAGGGUGCAAUUUCGUUUUUGCUUUUAUAGUAUGCUAUGUAUAGUUUUCGUUUUAUAUUUCAUGGCUUGCCUUCUUUUUUUCAGUAACUACUUAAGGGUUUCUCAAGGCUUCAUGGACCAAGAUAGAGGCCAAAUGCAAGAGAUGAGCUUGUUUUGGGUUCAACCCUGAUAAAAGGAAAAACAAAAAGGUGGCCUGCAGGCUUAAUUUGCUGCUUUUAUGUUUCAAGCUAAGAAAAUGUUCACAGAAAAGCACAAAGAAACAUGUGGAGGUAAUAAAUGAGCUCCCGCUGGACAUUUAUAAAAGACAGGAGUUUUAGAGCAUCUUGUUACAAGUCCAGAUCAGGGGAGAGUUUCUUAAUAUGUAUUGAUAGCUCAAAUUUAGUAUUUUGGGGAGGUUAAGGGGUUUUCAUAUUUGGAAUUUGUAGAAGCCAAUUAAAGAAUUACCGUUUCCCCUCAAAAAAAUGGGCACAGCUGUCCCCGACUGCCUAACACGUAGUUGCCACCAGCUAAGAGUUUGGAACUCAAACAGUAGGCCUGGGCUUUUGAGGCUGUGCUUUAUAAAGAAGAACAGAAUUCUAUAUUCAGCAUGUGUUGGAGUAGGCCAAGUUGACAGACCCUCUUGUGAGUGCACUUUGUUUCAAGAAAUCCCCACAUUUACUUUAUAGGGACUGGGAUUUCAUGAACUGUAAUGUGAAAAACAUUGUUUUUAAAUUCAACCCAAACUCAGCUUCUUGGGGUGGGGUGUGGGGUCAAACUCAGCUUCUUGGGUGGGUGGGGGUAUGGGGGGGUCAAUGACUUUUCAUCUCUGUGUUUAUCUCCACCUCCUAGCACAGUGCCUGGCACAUAAUAGGUGCUCAACAAAUGUCUGUUGAAUAGAAUUGUUGGUAAUUUAAGAGUAGGAAAAAGGAGUAUCAAGAAAGACUAAAAGACGAGUGAGAGAGAAUAGAAGAUGAUUAUUUUAAGGAAGACAGGAAUGGAAAAAAAUGAGUAAGGGUCAUAUGGAAGAGUGAGAAUACUUAUAAUUGAUAAGUAAAAUGUGAGGAAAGAAAUCAAGCAGAGAGUAUUCUAUUAAAAAGGCAUCUUACUGUAAAUAAUCUAAGGUGACAUUUAUUAUUUUGGAAUACUGCUUUUGGGUUUUGUUUUUUUUCAUUUUUAUAUUUUAAAAAUUUUAUCAGAGAACAAACAUUUAUGAACUUUUCUUUUACUCGACACGAUCCAAAUUAAACAGCUUUUGGUGAUGCACUGUACACUUUUUAAAGAGCAUAUCUAAUGGCACAUUUUAGCAGAAUCAAGCAAUGAGUGGCAUUAUUCAUUAGGCUCUGACCACUAAAUAAAAUUCUUUUAUUCAGAA